AUGCCUGACUGUAGUCUCUCUUCCUAGAAACCCCAGCUGGUGGCCAGCAACGACCGUUUCUGCCGCUUUCUCGAGGAAUAUUGCCCUGUUGUGACAGAAACUUACUAUCCCACAAUUUGGUGCUGGGAAGGUCGGGUGCAGACACUCCUCCGUCCUUUUAUCACCUCUAGACCCCAAGUACAGUACAGGAAUGAGCUCAUUAAAACAGCAGAUGGAGGACAGAUUUCAUUGGAUUGGUUUGAUAAUAAUGGCAGCUUAUAUUAUCCGGAUGCCAGCACAAGACCCACUGUCCUGUUACUGCCUGGCCUGACAGGAACAAGCAAGGAAUCCUACAUUCUUCAUAUGAUCCAUCAAAGCGAAACGCUGGGAUAUAGAUGCGUGGUUUUUAACAACCGAGGAAUUGCUGGUGAGGAUCUUUUGACACCAAGGACUUACUGUGCAGCUAACACAGAGGAUUUAGAGGCCGUUAUUCAUCACGUACACAGCUUGCACCCCUCAGCUCCGUUCAUGGCAGCCGGUGUUUCUAUGGGAGGCAUGCUUCUUUUAAAUUACCUGGGCAAAACUGGCAGAGACACUCCUUUAAUGGCAGCUGCAAUUUUCUCUGCGGGUUGGAAUGUUUUUGAAUCUGUAGAAUCUCUGGAGAAGCCACUAAACUGGCUUCUUUUCAACUAUUACUUGACUACUUGUCUACAAUCCUCUAUCAGCAGGCAUCGACAAAUGUUGGAGAAAUUAUUUGAUAUGGAUCUUGUGAUGAAGGCUAGAACUGUUAGAGAAUUUGAUACGCAGUUCACUUCAGUCAUGUUUGGCUACCGUACAAUUGAUGAUUACUAUGAAGAUGCUAGCCCGUGUCGCAAGCUGAAGUCAGUAGGAAUUCCAGUGUUAUGUCUAAACUCUGUGGAUGAUGUUUUCUCACCAGGUCAUGCUAUACCAGUAGAAACUGCCAAACAAAAUGCAAACAUUGCUUUGGUUCUGACUUCGUGCGGAGGCCAUAUCGGUUUUCUGGAAGGAAUAUGGCCGAGGAAGUGCACUUACAUGGACAGAGUCUUCAAGCAGUUUGUGCAAGCUAUGUUUGAGCACGGAAACAAAGUCUUUAGCAUGUAGCUUUGGACCACCAUUGUAGCACAGUGGUACAUUCUGACAAGGGCAGUUAAGCUUAGUGCACAAAUUUUAACUCCUGUAAGCCAGCAAAUGGAUGAAGUCCAUUACUACAUGCAAAAAUAUUUUUUGCCUAAGAUUUUGUAGCAAAAACCUAAAUAUUAUGUUGUCACUUUUAUAUUUGUUUUUAAUAUGCCUUACUAAGAAUGACCUUAAAUGAAACAGCAUUCUGUGUACAUCAAACCGCACUUAACCAAAACCAUCAAGUAAACAGAUCAUAAUUCCUCAGGAUUUUAAUUUAAAACAGUGCGUAUUUAGGAGACUUAAUGUAGAUUGCUUUUAAUAUUAGAAUGGCAACACUCAAAAUAGCAUAUAUUAUCCUGUCAUACAUAGUAAGUACAAGUUUGCCCAUUCGUUAGGGCACUGAUGGUAAAAACCUUAAAAUACAAAAACAAAAGAAGGAGGGAACGCAAAGAAGCACUGAUUCUUCAAAGAAGUCAAAAUUUCAGCAUGAUAUUCCAUAGCAUUAGCUUGAUACCUGCUUUUGCUGUUCUACCCUGACAGUAUUCAGAUUUAGGGCUAGUUAUUGUUUUUUAAACUAUGUCA